AUGGGCACCCCCCAGGACUGGCCGGCGGCGCUUUCCCGGCUUGAAGCCGUGCUGGAUAGGGGCCCGCUGCGCGGCGGGGGACCGGCCUACGAUGACUUGAUUGAUGAAGCACUGGAAAUGAUGGAAGACACCAAAAGACUGGUGGAAACGAGCGAUGAGGGCGUCCGCAAGAGGUUUGCAAAGUCGGUGUACGCGGCGGGGCAGCAGUGUCAGCAGCUGGAGACUACACUAAUGGCCGCAGCUGCAAGGCGACUGCUCUCGGCCUUCAACGCCGUGGAGGCCGCCUUGGUGUCGGCUACUGUAUGCCUGCAGAUGAGCUUCAAGUGCAAGCUGGAUGAUGAGAGGAGCCUCAAUCGGAUGGCCACCGGAACCCUGGCGCUCGUCCUGGGUGCCGGGCAGCGCCUGCUGCUAGAGCUGGAGGCCAGCCCAGCCACCAACACCGGCCUGCCGAUGACAUUUGUCACGCUGAACACACAGAUGCGGACUGUGUGUGGCCUCGUCAGGCUACUGCAGCGGCCUUGGGGCAGCGGCGCAGCAGCCACCUGCGCCGCCGUCUGCGCCGCCGUGGCGCAGCCUGCGCCGCUGCUGGCGUGGGUGGCUACCACGGGCCGCAUGAUUGCGCGGAUGCAGGCGACCGUGUUGACAGGCAGGGUUAUAGGAGGCAUCGUGUGGGAUGUGGGCGUGGAAUAUGUGGAGGUGCUCUCACGCACCUUGGCCGCCCCUCACCGGGCCGCUUUCGCGCCCCACCAGCUGGCCCUGGCGGCAGACGUGGAGCUGCAGCUGCGCCUGCUGGCGCCGGUGCUGGGCGUGCUGGACAGCGUGGUGCUGCAGCUUGGCGGCACCACCGAUGCCGGCAGGCUGGCGGCAGCCUGUGGCGGGCCUUCCAGCGGUGGCAGCAGCAGCGGCGGCGAUGAGAGCAGCAGCCCCGCCAGCAUUCUGUGGACCACGCUUUACGGCGCAUUGCGCUUGAUAGAUGGGCCCGCGCUGGAGCCUGCGGUUGAGCGCCGGCUGGCGGCCCCUUCAUUUGGGGUGCGGCUGCUGGGGCAGGCAGCGGCGGCACAGCGCCUGCUGCUGGCAUCUGCUGACCAGGCGGCUGUUGACGUGCGCGUUGCAGCCUGCGCCGCGGCUGCCCGGCUGGCCUGCAGAGUGGCUCAGCAGCUGCUGGCGAAUCAUAUCGCCAGGCAGCAGGCGGCCGCCGAGGCGCCCGGCGCUUGCAUCUCGGACCCUCAGCUGAUGCCGGCUGCGGCGGCAAUGCUCCAGUUCGUGCCCGCUGCAGCUGCUGCAUUUCGGAUGGCGGCCAGCGAGGAGGCGCAGCAGGGUGGAGCAGACCCGCCAGAGGCUGAUACGUGGGGGCUGUGUGUGUGGCUGGCAGCAGCCAUCAACCUUCCGCUGGCCUGCGAGCCCGCCGCCGUCCUGUCCGAUUGCAGCAGCAGGUUGGCAGCCUGGUGCGCGGCGGCCGACGCGGGCCUGCGGCUGCUGCCGCUGCUGGUGCGGCUGCAGCUGGGCUGGCAGCAGCGCCCUUCUUCCGGCCCUCCGGUGCCCAGCGAGCCGGGGGUGCCGCCACCUGGCGCCCUGCUGGCGCGUGUCCUUCUCAAGCUGUGGGCCGUGUACCUCCCGCCGGUCUCCGAUGCUCUGACCAUCCACACCGAAACCUCGCUUGGGGCGGUGGAAACGGCCCGCACGAUGGCGCAGCCGCUGUCCCAGCUCCACGCCACCGUGUGCCGCCUCGUGCACUGGGCGGCGGCGCUGGAUGCGGAGGAGGCGGCGGUGGUUCCCGACCUCGCGGCCUGGCGCUGGCUGGCCUCAGCCGUGCACAUUUCCUUCAAGGAGGCGUUUGAAUUGAACCGAGCCCUGAUCGACACAGGACAAAGGCGUAUGGCGGCGAUGUCGUCGGCGCACGCACGGGCGCUGGCGGUAGUGGCCAGCAGGGCGGGGCUGCAGCUGGACCAAGCCGAGGGGGGCAGCCGGCUGGAGCUGAUGUACAUCGUCGCCGCCUCCAGCUGCCUGCCCUCGCAGCUGGACGCCCAGAUCCUUGCAGGCUUCGACGCCUGCACCAGGCAGUACUGGCAGCAGGAGGCAGGCAGCAUCGACUUCCAAGCGGAGCGGGUGCACACGUCGAUAUGGGAUGGCGAGGACUGGCCGCGCUUUGCAGCCCUGCUGCUCACCGGCGGCCUGCUGGCAGAUGGGCUGGCCGUGGUGGAGGCAUCCUGCCUGCGCUGCAACGACACCCCGCUGCCAUCCAUUUUCCGGCAGCUGAUGACCACUGUGUAUGUGAUUUGCUACAACUUGGGCCAGGCGGCAGCUCGGGAGCUGCUCAAGCUGGCGCCGCACUUGCGCAGCGGCAGCGCCACGAUGCAAAUGUGCGCGCACCACGCCGCUAUCGCCGGUUACCAGGAGGCGCUCCAGCGCGCGCUGGAUGUCCCAGACGGCAUGCAGCCGCCCGCCACCCUGGCCUCGCUGCGCCGCUGCCAGCACGUCUUUGUGCCGGCGGCGGCGGCCCUGGCGGCGGCGCUGACAGCCUUCUGGAGUGAGCCUGAGCAGCAGGCGGCGGCCCAGCUGGAGCAGGCGAAGGCGGCCGCCACCCGCAGCUGCGCCUACCUUGCCUGCGCCAACCUGGGGGCGGAGGGCGGCCCCGAGGCGGGCGAGGGCACCGGCAGCCACCGAUGCGGUCAGUGUCGGACGGCCUGGUACUGCGGCACUACCUGCUCCCACGCCGACUGGCGGUCGGGCGGGCACCGGCGGGUGUGCAAGGCGCUGGCGGCGGCGAGGCAGGCGGCGCGUGCUGGUGUCGGCCACGAAUGA